CUUGCUGCAAACUUGGAAAUUGGUAGUUCAUUUCUAUGGUUGAUUUGUCGCUGUAUUCUUUUAUGACAAAUACUUUUGAACGAGGUGUGACAUAGUGAAAUAAGGCAGUUAACAUGUGAUUGAAAUGCAUGUUAUAAUGAUGUCCUAAGCAAAGAGAAGAGAGGUCAGUCAGAAAGCCCUUCCAAAAAAUGAUCACAAGAAUAUGAAUUCAUAGUUUUAUUUUUAAUUCCACUUGCACCAUUUUAAGAAAGAGUUGUAUUAUCAUCUUGCACUAACACAUUUUAUUCAUUUUUUGAAAAUUUUUAUUGGAAUCACUUGUUAUAAAUUAAAUUAAUUUUUAACGAAUAUAAACUCACAAAUUAUUUUGGCACAAAUUGUGCAUCAUUUGGCAAUAAUUGAAAAUGGCUGCGGCUAUGGAUUUUGAGGGGUUUUCCAGCCCAGAAAUGGAAAAUGGAGGAGAUAAUCUAUUUAGUCCUGAUAAUGAUGAAAUUGAUAUGGAAAUGACUUCUAUGCUGUCAAAGCAUUCAAUGGUUAGUCCCAACAAUGAAGAGUAUGAUUAUCUAACAGAAAUAAUUAAAACUAGAACAGAUGAAGGUCAGGGAGAAACUAUAUAUGAAGUAGGAACUGGAGAGGGAGAUAAACCAGGGUUAAAAGAAGAUGAUAUGAAAGCCUCAGUAGCUACUUUAACCAGUAUUUGUGAGUCUUUAGACUUGCAGUGUGUUUUACUGAGAGAAAGAGCUGUCGAGGAAGGGAAAGUCUGUGAAUAUUUACUCCGUCAAAAAUUAGAGUCUUCAGAUUUUAUGGAAAUCAGAGUGGCAGUGGUAGGAAAUGUAGAUGCAGGAAAGAGUACCCUACUCGGUGUUUUAACUCAUGGUGAUUUAGACAAUGGUAGAGGAAUUGCCAGACAGAAACUGUUCCGUCACAAACAUGAAAUGGAAACAGGAAGAACAAGCAGUGUAGGAAAUGAUAUUUUAGGAUUUGAUUCUACAGGAAAUGUUGUGAAUAAACCAGACCACGGCCAUCUUGAUUGGAUUAAAAUCUGCGAGGCUUCAGCUAAGGUUGUUACAUUUAUAGAUUUAGCAGGACAUGAGAAAUAUUUAAAAACAACUGUAUUUGGAAUGACAGGGCAUGCUCCAGAUUUUGCCAUGUUAAUGAUAGGAGCUAAUGCUGGUAUUAUUGGUAUGACUAAAGAACAUCUGGGAUUAGCGUUAGCUCUGAAUGUACCUGUAUUUGUGGUGGUGACUAAAAUUGAUAUGUGUCCACCCAAUGUUCUUCAAGAUACUCUGAAACUCUUACAAAGAAUAUUAAAGUCUCAAGGAUGUCGUAAAAUACCAGUCAUGGUACAGACUAAAGAUGAUGUCAUCUGUUCAGCAACCAACUUUACUUCAGAAAGAAUGUGUCCAAUAUUCCAAGUAUCAAAUGUUACUGGAGAAAAUUUAGAAUUAUUAAAAAUGUUCCUUAAUUUAUUAUCAACACGAGUGAAAUGUAAUUUAUCAAAACCUGCUGAAUUUCAAAUAGACGACACAUUCUCAGUUCCUGGAGUAGGAACUGUUGUAUCAGGAACUCUAUUACAAGGAAAUAUCAGACUCAAUGAUAACUUAUUACUGGGACCUGAUGCUCUAGGACAGUUUCAACCAAUGGUUAUCAAGAGUAUACAUCGGAAACGUAUGCCAGUUAAGGAGGUCAGGGGAGGACAAACUGCUUCAUUUGCCUUGAAAAAGAUAAAAAGAUCUGCCAUUAGAAAAGGAAUGGUGAUGGUCUCUCCAAAGUUAGAACCUAAAGCCUGUUGGGAAUUCGAAGGAGAAAUAUUAGUUUUACAUCAUCCUACUACUAUCAGUGUUCGCUACCAGGCCAUGGUUCAUGUGGGAAGUGUGCGGCAGACUGCAACCAUUUUAAAUAUGACAGAGGAACAUCUACGUACUGGAGAUAAAGCUCAUGUCCGUUUCCGAUUUAUUAAAAAUCCAGAAUAUAUCAAACCAGAUAUGAAAAUGGUAUUCAGAGAGGGCAGAACAAAAGCUGUUGGAACCAUAGUCAAACUUCAUCCCCACGUUUGUGCCGUAGCUCAAAAUACACGGCAGCAGCGAGCAGCUAAAAAGGCACAGGAACACAAGCACCACGUGAACCCUCAAAAUGAGCCUCAGAAACCUAGUAAGAGAAAUCGAAGAAUACGAAAGAGCUAUCAACCACCUACUCUACCAAACGAAGUAACAACCAAUGGCACCACUGGAACUAAUGGUGAAGUGGCGUCUAAUUCUGCGACAAAUAUGUCCGUCACGUGAAACGUUCAGUUUUAGUCUAUAACUUAAUUUAAUGCAUCAUAUAUAAACAUAUUUUCAGCCUUCCAUCUUUGAGAAAUACAUGUAUUCUAUCAACUGAGUGCCAGACUUAAAAUAAUCUGUGAUCUAUUCACAUUUCAUAAUGUUUUCCAUUUGUACGAUCUUUUGUAGCUUGUGUAGCAAUUGUGUGCAAUUUGUAAAUCUUUGGAUAUAAACUGAAUAAGGUACGAAUAAGGCUCAGGGUAGGAUAAGUGUCUACUUCAGAUGAGUGCAAUCAGAAUUUGAGAAUCUUAGGUUAUAGAUUAAAAAAGGACAAAAAGACAUGUGUUAGGAUAAGCUUUUGCAUUUGAAAUCAUUACAACUAUCUCUUUAAAGUUUAAUUCAAGUAAAAAUACUCUAAAAUGCAGGUAAAAUAAAAGAAAAGGAAAUUAAAAUUAUAAAUUAUGUUUUUUAAGGUUUUGCUUUCAAAAUCAUACCAAAUAGAUCU